AUGAGCUUUUUUGGAGGCGGUCAGCAACAGCAACAAGGUCCCGAUCCAGUUUUUGCGGCCAAGACGGAAAUGGAAAUGUACACUGAUCUUUUCAACAAAAUUGCGUCUUCAUGCUUCAGUAAAUGUGCGUCGCGGAAGCACCGCGAGCCUGAUCUUUCUCUGGGAGAAAUGUCCUGUACCGAUCGAUGCGUGGCCAAAUACCUGGAAUCCCAACAGCGAGUGGGAGAAAUACUCCAAAAGGCCAACGAAGCA